CUCGUCGAGCCCACAUUAUUAUUACAGUGCGUUCGUUUUCUUAUUAAUCUGCCGUGCACGUGCAGUCGCACCAAUAAUAAAUUGACUGCCCGAACGAGACACUACAACCGAUCAGAAAAGAAAAUCACCGUCAGGAAGGACAUGGCUAGUGAAAAUGCCGACAAGUGUGAAGGGGUCAACUCGGGGUCCCGUCAGAUCUUCUCAGCGCAAGUUGCCGCACUCGCUCGCCGAAUCCGCAUGAUGGAGCGGCAAUUGGGGGUGCACACAGUGCGCAGAGUUCAAACAGAAUCCGCGGAGGUAGACGCAGCUCAGGCGGCCGCCUACGAGAUGGGAAGAAGGGAUUUCAGACUAGAAACACGGUUGGGUGGCGCAGGGCUGGAGGCAAUGACGCUGGGUACCAGGUACAUUCCUGACAACGCUUCCCGGAUCACGGCUUCCAUUUCGACCCGCACUCCGGUUACAACUCCCUCCAGCACGCCGGCCAUCGACAACCCGACAACGGGCGGGGAUGGGGCAGCAGCCGGCCCGUCGACGCGACCUCGGAAGCACAAAACGCCGUCGCGUAAACGGAAAGACAACGCUAAGAAGAAGGCCUCCGUGCAGCGGAAGAAGGAAGAGGAAAAGCAGGCAAAGGCGGAGAAGGCGUCCGCCCAGCAACGCGACUCAAGUCCGAAAAAUCCACAACCACCUCUUCCUUCAAAACCCACAAAAUCCCCAUCCGACCCUCCCAGCCCCUUUAAGGAACAAGGGGCUGAGUAGGCUAGCCAAGUCUCUUUGCCGUCUUCCAAUCCCCACACCACUCACUUCAAAACUCCUCAGUCCUUUCUCUCUUUUUCUUUUUUCACAAAGCUUUUCAACGCGACCAGGUUAACACAACUUCAACCUCCGCCCGUGUCCAAUCGACUUGGUAUAGUCUUUUUCUUUUUUUUGUAAAAUUAGGUUAGUGUUAGGUUUGUUGUAGGUUAGGUUAGGGUUAGGUUAGAUAGAUAAGGUAAGAUUUGCAUUAGAUUGGUAAGGUUAGAAUGGGGUUUGGUAUCUACAGAGUUUAAAAACGCACAAAAAGGUUAUUUUGCAUCAACUGUAUUGUUGUGACAAAUUUCAGUAAAUCAUUGCGUGGGAUCGAACCCAUAUAAUACGUGUAAUAUUAUUACAGUACGUUUGUGUUCUUAUUUAUUUAUUGUGAACCGUUCCAGUCCCACGAUAUCGUUCAUCUUACAUCACGGUGACACCUAAAUAGAAAUUUUCUGGCAUUUGUCGACUUUCAACAUUGAUUUGCCUUUGACUUCCCGUAAAAAUAAUAGGUUCGAGUUGAAAUUUUUAAGAAAAAUUAGGUAAACGUGCCGUCAGUAAGUUGUUUUUAAACAAUUUCGCUGGGCGAUUAAUGAAUGAAAAUACAAAAAACUAAUCAAAUAAUGUAAUGUUUUUAGAAAAAUUCACAUUUAUUUAGGAAAACGCAAAAUGUUGAGUGACAUAGCUAUUUGCUAUAGGGGAUUUUACAGGAAACACACAAUUUUGUACCUUGUCUUAUCAACCAUGACACAUUUUUGAAAAAAAAAAUAGCAAAAUGUUGGGGUAUAUUUUUACCUUGCAAAUUAUCGUGUAAAAACGUAGCCACACACACGUUUUUUAC